AAUGAUCAUCCUCACUCUCAUCGCCACGGUCCGAGGAGACAGCCUGCGGAACGUGGACGUGUCGGACCCUAAAGUCGUGGAGACCGGAAAAUUCGCAGUGUUGGAGCAUAACAAGCUCGCAAAUGCGGACCUGAGGUUCGAUCGUGUUCUCCAGGCGCAGACGCGAUUGGCCGGAAACGGUGUCGGAGUCGAGUUCCACGAAAGGAUCCAGGCCACGGACCCCGGCACGGGACUGGCCAACGUCUACAAGGCUGUCGUUUUAGAGAAACCGUUGGAUCAUCCUUCCAUGAAUCUCCAGUCCUUCGAGAAGGUCCAUUGAUUUUUUUUUAAGAUUUUUUUUUGGUAUCUUUCUCUUUUGUU